AUGGAUGAUCACAGAAAUUCAACUUCAAACGUUAUUGGACUUUGUCUCCUCCCACAAGAACUCAUCCAAAACAUCUUCCUGUCACUAGUUUUACCAGAGAUCGUUCGCUUGAAACUCCUCAACAAAUCCUUCUCAAGCUUAAUCUCUGAUCACAGUUUCGUUCGUCAGUGCAACUCACUUUCAAACUCCACCACAUGGCUCUUUGUCUACAAGAAACGCUGGCUCCGUGACGCCGUGCUUCACGCUUUCACCGAUCGGAGCUCCGAUCGUUGGUUCCGGAUCCCCUUAGCAGAGCUUCUCAAACCUGUAGACUUUCACGGUGAGGAUCUUUACUUUCUUUCUGCUUCCGCUAACGUUUUUCUCUUCGCUUCCAACAACGCUCGUGAGGUUGUCGCCGUUAAUUUAGUCUCCGUCACCGUUAAGAAGAUCCCUCCUUCUCCGUUGGGUCCACGUGGCACAUCAUCGUGGAGGAGAUCCGGGAUGAAGCUUGUAACCGAUUCUUCCGGGUCGGGUCAUUUUCGGUUCAUGUUUGCUGAAUUUGUGAGGAACCGACCUGUUUUGUUUGUGUACGAUUCUUUAACUGACACGUGGAAGUCAACGGAGGCAAAAGAAAAAGAGAACGAUGAGGUUCUGCCACGUGGUGGGGUGCACGUGUUUCUCAGUGUGGUUCAUGGACCUAGAGAGAGCGUUUUGGUUGCUACAAGUUUAACCUGUGAUUCUGACACGCCUGUUGUUGUACGGCCACGAUUUAAUGACGCGGAAGGGUUAACCGUUGGAUUCAACUGGGGGAACGUGAUCGAUAGGCUACACGUGUACGGUGAUGGAUACAUGAUGAUAGUGAAAUCAGAAGGGGAAAAUAGGGUGAGGGUGUUGAAAGGUGUGGAAUUGUGGGGAGUGAGUUUGGAUGGGAGAAAAUGGGAGUUAGUUUCAGCGGUACCUGGUGAAGUGAUGAGAGUGAUUGAGAAGCGUUAUGGAGUAAUGAUGGGUUGUUUAGAGGAGAAAAAUGGGAUAAUUAGGGUAGCUUUGGUGUCUAAUUGUGAUGGUUUUUGGGACAUGUUGUGGCUUUCUUAUGAUACUAAAUGGAAACGUUGGAACUGGAUGCCACUACCUGAUUGCAAAAUGAAAGGUUGGAACAUGGCUGGAAUAAGCUUCUCCUCUGGACUUACUUUGCAAUGA